CUCGAUGGAAACGGAGCCAAUUGUUUCUGUCUACGAUUGCUUGCUCUCCGCCGUGUAUUCACUGAAUUCGGCAUCUAUAAGAACAACCCACCCACUUCACUUGCUCUUCUCAAUCAAGGUUAAAAAUGGCCGCUAMACAAGGAGAAAAACACGUCCAAGAAGAUGGGAAAACCCCCCUUCUCACCCCCUACAAAAUGGGAAAUUUUGAACUWUCUCACAGAGUUGUUUUGGCACCUCUAACAAGGCAAAGAUCAUGGGGCAAUGUCCCUCAACCACAUGCUAUCUUAUAUUAUUCACAAAGAACAACCAAAGGAGGCCUUCUUAUUACAGAAGCCACUGGUGUUUCAGAUACUGCCCAAGGGUAUCCCGAMACGCCAGGCAUAUGGACAAAGGAACAAGUCAUGGCAUGGAAACCGAUUGUGGAUGCSGUUCAUGCAAAAGGCGGAAUCUUUUUCUGUCAAAUUUGGCAUGUUGGGAGGGUUUCAAAUACCGGUUUUCAGCCAAACGGGCAAGCCCCGAUAUCUUCCUCGGACAAACCAUUAACACCUCAAUUAAGAAGCAAUGGCUUUGAUGUUGCAGAAUUUUCACCUCCAAGGAAACUAACAACAGAGGAGAUUCCYCUUGUUGUUAAUGAUUUUAGACUUGCUGCAAGAAAUGCAAUUGAAGCUGGUUUUGAUGGAGUUGAGAUCCAUGGCGCUCAUGGUUAUUUAAUCGAUCARUUUUUGAAAGAUCAAGUAAACGAUAGGACAGACCAAUAYGGUGGCUCUCUAGAAAACCGUUGCAGAUUUGCUUUAGAAAUAGUUGAGGCCGUUGUAAAUGAGAUAGGAGCAGAUAGAGUGGGUAUACGAUUAUCCCCAUUUGCAAACUACAUGGAAUCAGAGGACUCAAAUCCGAAAGCUUUAGGUCUUUAUAUGRCUGAAUCUUUGAAUGCAUACAAGAUUCUUUAUUGCCAUAUGGUGGAACCAAGGAUGAAAUUAGUAGGCGAAGCAGUCGAAUGCCCUCACAGUCUUGUGCCAAUGAGAAAAGCAUUCAAAGGAACUUUUAUUUCUGCUGGAGGGUAUGAUAUGGAAGACGGUAACAAAGCCUUGUCUGAAAACCGAACAGAUCUUGUUGCUUAUGGUCGUUGGUUUUUGGCAAAUCCAGAUUUGCCAAAAAGAUUCGAGCUUAAGGCUCCUCUUAACAAGUAUGAUAGGAGCACGUUUUAUACACCUGAUCCUGUCGUUGGAUACACCGAUUACCCAUUUCUGGAAACCACGGUUUAAGUUCGUUAGAGUCGAUCUAAGCACACAAGUUUGAAGAAAUUAGAACGAAGAUUCUGAUARGUUGGAAAUGUUGAGUAAAAGCAUUGAUCAAAUUAAAGGGUCUGAAAUAAUCCAUGUUUAUUUACGUGAAGUUAUCUGAGGGUGAUUGGCAAAUUGCAAUAUAGUGUUUGUUUCCUUGUUUUAUGUUUUGUGAAAUUAAUARAUACUCUGUUAUGACGGUGUCACUAGCAAAUGUUAUUGAGAC